AAAAAUAAAGAUGAGCGAAGCUACAAAGGAAAAAGCAAAGCUUAGCAUCAUUAAUGAAGCUAAUGAUGAAAGGUCAGACGCAUUUGAUGCAGUUACUGAUGCUAAAGCGAAAAAAUCUAAGGGUGUUCCUGGAGAAGAUGACGAAAGAAACUCCUUACAUUCAGAAGAGGAUGAAUAUGAUGAGAUCGACAUGGGGGAAAUUGACGAAAUUAAAGCUCCAAAAAUGGAUGUCAUUGAAGAAGCUCCUGAGGAGCUCCAAUUGACAGAUCCUGUUGAGAGGGCUCCUUCUCCCAUUUCUAAAAAGAAGAAAGCAAAAGCAGAAGAACAGAAAGCAACUAUUCACGACUCAUUUGAUACUUUCAUUGUAAAUGAUUACUUCGGAGAGGAAGACAAGUGAUUUGAAAGUUCAAUUGACAUGACAGGAAUUUUUGCAUUCAAAAAUAAUGACAAUGAAAAGAACUUGAAUGAAACAAAUGAUGUCAAUGGCACUAUGGACGCUAUUGUUGCAAACCUUGAGUCCGCUAGCAAACUCACUAAAGCUUCAAAGCCGAUAAAAGUCAAUGAUAUCAACCAAGUUAUGGACAAUAUUGACUAUGUUGUUAGUAAAAAUUCGAGCAAAAGUCGGUCCUCAGCAAAAGAAGAUGUCAAUAUUGGUCCAAAGAAGGGAACUAAAGCAUGGGAGAGUUGGUGGAAAAAGAAAAAGGCGGUAAAUGGGGACCUUCUUAACGCAGCCCAGAUUGGCGACUUUGAAAAGGUUAAGUCCUUGCUUGAUAAGGAUAUCCAAAAAGAAUUUGUUGCGAAUAUAAAGUUUCAAGGUCUUGAUAACUUCACAGCCUUGCACUUCGCUGCUCAAGGAGGCCAUUACGAAAUAUGUGAGUUCUUGAUAGAGAAUGGUUGUGAUGUAGAAGCUAGGAGCAAUAUGGGCAGAACUCCUCUACAUCUUGCUGCAAUCAGUGGAUUAAGUAACAUUCUAAUGUUAUUACUCACAAAUGGUGCUGACAUCAACAGCCAAGACGAGGACAUGUAUUCUGCCCUCCAUCACGCUAGCGAAGGUGGGAACACUGAAUGUGUGAAGCUUUUAGUAGAGAAAGGAGCUGACGUAACUCUCAAAAACAACAUCGGUUCUAGCCCUAAUGAUAUUAGCCAAAAUAUUGAUGUGAGAUCCCUUAUCGAACAGUACUCCGACAAGGAGGAGAUCAUAACUGACUCUUUAGCCAGGAGAAGCGAAAUGGGAGGAGUUAUCCUCAGAAAUGACAGGAAAAACUACGUUGAAAGGCUUAUGGGCAGGUUCCAAAAAGUUGACAAGUACUUGAAAGAGACUAAGAAUGGAAGCGAAGAAGCCUUAAUUGAGAGUAUUGAGAAACAACAAAAACAAAGAGAAGAAGAUAGAAAGAGGCAGAGAGGCAUGAGGCAGGUCAAGACUGAAGUUGAAAAUAAGAAAAAGAAGAAAGAGGGAAGAUUUGAACGCAAUAAGGAUAAAUUCUUACAAAUCGUCCAAUUGGAAAUGAAAAUGAAAGAAGAGCUCAGAGGCUUCGGAAUUGAGCAAGAUGAAGCUGGUCCUGCUUUGUUUAAUCCUAUUGGCAGGCUUGGUAGAGGUAGUUUUGGAGAAGUUUAUCUGGUCGAAAAACUACCAGAAGGAGAUCAAUACGCAAUGAAAAUCUUACAUAAGAGGAGAAUAAUGGGUCAAAACUUGGUAAGAUAUGCAAGAACAGAAAGAGAUGUGCUUUCUUACUUUGCUCAUCCCUUCAUUGUUUCCAUAAAAUAUGCUUUCCAGACACCAGAGAAGCUAUAUAUGAUCUUAGAGUACUGUCCAGGAGGUGAUCUAGGAUCAGUUUUGAAGAGGGAAAAGAAACUAACUGAAGAAAGAGCCAAGCUUUAUCUUUCCGAAAUAAUAUUGGCUAUUGAGACUCUUCAUCAAAAAGACAUUAUAUUUAGAGACUUGAAGCCUGAUAAUGUUGUGUUAGAUGCAGAGGGACAUGCUAUGCUCACAGAUUUUGGUCUCUCCAAGGAGGGAGUGACAAAUAAUAGCUCAGCAAAGAGUUUCUGUGGCUCAGUAGCAUACUUAGCCCCAGAAGUUCUGAGGAGACAAGGCCAUGGAAAAUCGGUAGAUUGGUAUUUGGUCGGAGUUUUACUCUACGAAAUGCUUUGUGGAAUUCCACCAUAUUUCUCCUCAAACAAAGACCAGAUGUUUAAGAACAUUAAGAGUGGUCCUUUAAGGAUGCCUGAGAGAUUCAGCAAGGAGACCAAAGACUUUAUUGUUAAGUUAUUGAAUAAGAAUCCCUCCAAACGUCUUGGAGCAGGUAAAGGGGAUGCUGAAGAGCUUAAACAGCAUCCCUUCUUUGAAGGUGUGAAUUGGAAAGAUGUGCUUGAGAGAAAGCAGAAAAUGCCAAAGCCUGUAAUUAGGGAAAUUAAAAAGAGCACUGUUAAUCUCACAGAUAUUGUCUACGGAGAGUAUGCAGGAGUUGGUAGAGUAGCCUCUUCAAAAGAAGUUGAAUACCAUAAAGCUCUCCAGAAGAGAGGACAGACUGUUAAAGAUACAGCCGAUGCAGACGAUCUUGAUAGGAACAAGAUUCCAGGAUGGUCAUUUAUCGGUUCCCCUUCAAACUAACUUUCAGGUUAGUGGA